AUGUAAGUUCGACCACUUACGACAGCAAAGAGCAAAAACUAAGCGGGUACCAUAAAAUGUCAGUCUCGUUCUUUUUCCAACAUCGAAGCUUGAUUCGUUGAAUCAUGGCGCCAAGAAAGGCUAAAGUCGAGAAGACUGAGGAAGUUGUACAACUCGGCCCACAAGUCGCUGAAGGUGAAAAUGUCUUCGGAGUUGCCCAUAUAUAUGCGUCAUUCAACGAUACAUUCGUUCAUGUCACUGAUCUAUCUGGCAAAGAAACAAUUGUACGUAUCACCGGUGGAAUGAAAGUGAAGGCUGAUCGUGAUGAGGCUUCUCCUUAUGCUGCUAUGUUGGCUGCACAAGAUGUUGCUGCUAGGUGCAAAGAGAUUGGAAUCAACGCCCUCCACAUUAAGUUGCGUGCAACUGGUGGAACCAGAACCAAGACUCCAGGACCUGGUGCACAAAGUGCACUCCGUGCUCUUGCCAGAUCUGGCAUGAAAAUUGGACGCAUUGAGGAUGUUACUCCAAUUCCAUCAGACCACACAAGAAGGAAGGGUGGCCGCAGAGGACGACGUUUGUAAAUUGUCGUAAAAAUAUCGAAAUAAAUCGAAUGCGUGCAAUUUG